AUGCAGAGCACUUCAUUUCUUUUCGGAACACUUACGCCUUCACAUAACUCCAACUCGAUUCGAGACCUAAAAUGCUAUUUCGACCAAACUCCAGGUGCGGAAUGGAUGCUUGCUACUGUUGCUGAGCUUCCGGACUACUGGGAUCUUUUAGUAAAGAAGUUGCCAUUUAUCAAUGGCUCGUUAUCAGGCCGGCAGGUACUGGACGACUUCCACCGCUGGCUUCGACAUGGAUUCAAUGCGGACGAAAAUUCACCUCAAUUGGGUAAUAUUCUUCUGCUACCUACAGUGGUGAUAAUUGGUUUGAUUGAGUAUUGGCAUUUUGUUGAAGCAAAGAAUCCAGGAUGUGAUGAUCCACUCCAAGAGUUUAUUUCUCAGCUGCACGAAGGCGACAUGCCUGAUUCCGAGGCCAUUGGCCUCUGUGCCGGGCAGUUGACUGCAUAUGCAGUUGCCAGCAGCCGCACGCGUUCCGAAUUUGAACGUUAUGGCUCCGUUGCGAUUCGCUUAGCAAUGAUGAUCGGAGCAGCUACGGAUGCGCUGGACGCACGCCACGGGAAGGCGAAAUCUUACGUGGCAGCGUGGCGUAAUCCCGAGCAAUGUGAACAGAUGAAACGGGCCAUCGGCCUAGUAUACCCGCAAGCAUACAUUUCUGUUUGGCUUGAUGAGAGACGAGUGACCAUCACCACAACUGCCCAAUGGAUUCGGUCUAGUCUUCUACGUCAAUUUCAGGGAGCGGGUCUGACAGUCGCCGAGUCGACCAUCCAAGGGCCCAUUCACUCGCCUAGCGGUGAGAACAAAGACAUCGCCAAGGCAAUUUGUGAAAUGUGCCAAGCUACGCCAACUUUACACCUAGGGGAUACCUCAAACCUCGCUCUUCGCACUUACACGAACGACGGUCAUGGGAUUCCAGUUGACAAGGGUAGUCUGCACGAGCAGGCAGUGCAAAGCACACUUGUUACAGAGUGUAACUGGCAUGGAACCUUCGCAUCACUACCUCUUUCCCAUAAAAAUUCGACUCAAGGUGUCGUCGCCUUCGGCCCUGACCGCUGUGUCCCUCAAUCCUUCACAACCUCCGUGGGUGCAAGAUUCCUUCAUGUCUCACGCUUAGGUCAUUACAAUGUUCUUUCCAAUAGUAUCAAUAGAUCCACAUCUUCUGCUGUUACUACACCUACUGCUGCUACCCCUGCCGCAGUCACCCCUGCGCCAACUACCCCUUCGUCUCCUAGUCUUCUUCCACCUACUCCGCACACCUCAGCGCAACAAACAGAGCAGGUCCAAAAUACGCCUGCGAUGCAACUCCCAGCAGCAGCAAAGUUGGAGACGGCCGAAAAGGAGAUUGAAGGGAAGCAGUACCGACAGGAUGAGUCUUCACUAUCGACCGAAAGUACGAUUGCUAUAGUAGGCAUGUCUAUUAAAACAGCCGGGGCGGAUGACAUAGACGAGUUCUCGCGCAUGAUGCAAACUGGCACCUCCCAACACGAGCUAGUUGGACCCGAUCGAGUCAAAUUUCAUACGUUGUGGCGUGAGGGUGACUGGGAUCCAUCUUACAAAUGGUAUGCCAACUGGAUGCGGGAUAUUGACAGCUUUGACCAUCAGUUCUUCAAAAAAAGUUCCCGAGAGGCCGCCAACAUGGAUCCGGCGCAAAGACUCUCUUUGCAGGCUGCUUAUCAAGCUGUUGAAAGUUCUGGCUACUAUUGUGGUGAUGAAAGUCCCGCCACAGAAAGGUAUCGGGAUGAGGCUGAUGCGAAUCAUAUUGGCGUAUAUUUGGGAAUAACACUGGAUGAUUAUCAGAAUCACGUUAGGUCCCAUCGCGCUAACGCCUUUUCCAUCACGGGAAAUAUGCGCAGCCUCAUUGCUGGCAAGAUAGCUCAUCAUUUUGGCUGGACGGGCCCAGCAAUGACUCUUGACACUGCGUGCUCCUCGUCUGCUGUUGCCAUUCAUACAGCAUGUCGAGCCAUUCUGGCUAGUGACUGCAAUGCUGCUCUUGCUGGCGGGGUCAACGUCAUUACUGACCCCCUCGCCUUCCAAGAUCUAGCAGCUGCCGGCUUUCUUAGUCCCUCAGGCCAGUGCAAACCCUUCGACGACCGUGCAGAUGGGUACUGCCGGGGAGAAGCAGUGGGUUUCGUCUUUUUGAAGCGACUCUCUGAUGCAUUGGCAGAUGGCAAUCAGAUACUUGGAUGCAUUACCAAGUCAGCUGUUUAUCAGAACGAGAACCACACGCCCAUUUUCGUUCCUAACUCACCUUCUCUAUACAACCUGUUCAAUGAUGUCAUGAGGAAAUCCCAGGUAGAUCCAGGAGACAUAUCAGUCGUGGAAUGUCAUGGGACGGGGACGCCAGUGGGAGAUCCUGCUGAGUGGGAAAGUGUUCGCCAGGCUCUGGAAGGGCCCCAAAGGCCUGAGCCAGUGUACGUCGGGUCUGCGAAAGGCCAUAUAGGUCACACAGAGGGCGCUUCUGGUUUAGUGGCGCUCAUCAAAGUGUUGACUACGAUGCAAAGCGGAUAUAUACCACCACAGGCAAGUCAUGUGAGACUGAACCAUCUCAUACGCCCGACCGACACAAUGCAGAUUGCGACGACUCGACAGCCUUGGAGAGCUGCACGCAAGGCAGCUUUGAUCAAUAACUACGGCGCCAGUGGUUGCAAUGUGGCAAUGGUUGUCACUGAAUACCCAUCCGCCCAGCCAUCACGAGUCAAGAGUAAUUUAGAAGAGUUGUCGAAUGUUCCAUUCUGCAUUUCCGGGCGGACGAUAACCACAGUCAAAGCGAAUUGCGCACGGCUUCUCAAAUACCUUGACAUCCAUGCUGAGCUUAGCCUGGUUGACCUUUCAUUCAAUGUCAGCCGUCAAUCUAGUCGUCUGCUGCCUUACAGAUUCUCAUUCAAAUGUGGCUCCCUUAAUGAUUUGAAAACGUCUCUGUCGCAUAUCUUGUCGCUAUCUCCUGGGCCCGAGGCGGAUGCAAUGAUUACUGCCUACCAGCCCGAGCGGCAAGUUAUUCUGUGUUUUGGUGGCCAGAUAUCAAGAGCCAUUGGACUAGAUCGCACCCUAUACGAUCGUACCAAGAUUCUACAAUAUCAUCUGAAUGAGUGCGACCGGGCAGUCCAGUCGCUAGGGGCGCAAAGUAUCUUCCCGGAUAUUUUCUCCCAUGAAGCAGUAAAAGAUCAGCAACACUUGCAAACAAUGCUUUUCGCAAUGCAAUAUUCCUGCGCAAUGUCCUGGCUGCAGUCUGGGUUAUCCAAGCGAGUGGCUGCUGUUGUUGGUCAUAGCUUCGGGGAAAUUACUGCCAUGUGCAUAUCUGGCGUCCUUUCUCUGCAGGACACUGUGAAGCUGGUGGUUGGAAGAGCACAGUUGGUCCGAGACUCGUGGGGAUCUGAUCCCGGUGCCAUGAUUGCGGUUGAAGCGGACGAAGCUGCCGUGCAGACACUGUUGUCUGAGGCCAACCAGGUGUACGCUGGGUCUCAUUCGGCAAGUAUUGCUUGCUACAACGGUCCUCGAAGUUUCACAUUGGCAGGCUCUCAAGAGGUGAUUGGUAUAGUGACUGACAUUCUUUCCCGAACCUCUCCUGCAAUUCGCAACAAGACAUUGCGAGUCACUAACGCCUUCCACUCAAGUCUUGUGGACUUGAUUGCCUCUGGGCUGAAAGCCGUUGGAGAAAAUAUUACUUUCCAGAAGCCGAGGAUUCCUCUUGAGCGAACAACGGAGACUAGAUCAUCCGCCGAACUUCUAGGCCCCGAGUAUGUGGCCGACCAGAUGAGACAGCCAGUAUUCUUUCAUCAUGCUGUGCAACGCAUCGCAGAGGGCCACCCCAACUGUGUUUGGUUAGAGGCAGGUUCUAGCUCUACAAUCACUGUCAUGGCUCAGCGAGCGUUGGACUCCUCGCAACGAAUGUCCUGUCACUUCCAAGCUGUGAAUAUUGAUGAUUCUGAUGCUUUCAAUAAUCUCGCCGCGGCAACGGUCUCAUUAUGGAAUGAGGGGCUGUCCAUGUCGUUCUGGCCACAUAACGCCAUUCAGACGGCUGAAUAUGCUACCAUUGCGUUGCCUCCAUACCAGUUUGAAAGAGAAAGGCAUUGGGUCGAACUUCGAUCGCCAGUUGAACUCAUUGAGCAAAUUAAAGAAUCUAUCCGGGCAGAGAGCGCUACCAAAGCUUCGGAUCCUACAGUUGAUCCGAAGCGAAAAUGGCUGUUUACUGGAUACAAGGACCCGCACGUCCAUGGCAAGAGGCAGCCUUGUUUCGACAUCAUCACGACAUCACAAGAAUACCGGUCAUUAAUCUCCAGUCAUAUUGUCGCGCAAACAGCUGGAAUCUGCUCUGGCAUGUUGCAGGCGGAUUUAGCUAUCGGUGCGUUAUACAGUCUGCAUCCAGACUGGGUUACCAAAGGAAUUUCCGCCACGCUACACGACGCGACCAACCACGCACCAAUCUGUUUGGAUUCUUCACGUGUUUUAUCUAUUGAAUUCGAAGAUCAAGCGAACGGAUUCUGGGGCUGGCGAAUCGUUGGUUCAUCCAAGGGUGCGCCGCGCGUCGUCCACACGACUGGACGCCUUCAAACGCGGGACCCUAAGGACGUUACAUACCAGGCGGAAUUCCGACGGCUCGGUCGUAUGGUGGAUCAUGAGAGGUGCUUGGCCGUUCUGAACGCGAGACCGAGUGACGAUGACGUGGAAAUAUUACAGGGGCGUGGUAUAUACCGGGCGUUCAACGACAUCGUUGACUUUGGAGAGCAGUACCGCAGUCUUCGCUGGCUGGUCGGUCGAGGCAACGAAAGCGCCGGUCGGUUUUCUAGAACGCCGCAGAAUGAUGCUUGGUUUGACCAACUUCGAGGCGAGCAUAUUAGCCAGGUUGGCGGGAUCUGGGUCAAUUGCAUGAGUGAUCACAGCCGAGAUGAUAUUUUCCUGGGAGCGGAAAUCGAGACCUAUAUGGUUUCUCCCGACUGGGCCAACCGGCCACUACCCAACCGAUGUGAUGUUCUGGCGCGCCAUCUGAAGCACAAGGAUACGGGUGACUAUACAAGUGAUAGCUUUGUGUUUGACCCUGCUAGUGGAGAUUUGGUUCAGGUCUUGCUGGGAGUCCGAUUCACCCGAACACCCCGGGCUUCGUUCGUCCGGGCCUUGCAACGCAUGACACCAGAUCUGCAAACUGGGAAUACCGAAUUGAUUUCACCCAAAAUUCUGCAACCUGUUUCUAUGCAUGCCCCGACUAUUGUGGCCGUGAACGAAGCUCCACAGACAGUAUCCACGAAGGCGAAGAUUCAUGAGACACCGGCGAGAGAUCUGCUCGCCGAGAUGACCGAGCUCGUCGCCAAUAUAGUCGGCGUAGAGGUGGCCGAAAUUGGCUUAGAUGUUAACCUUGUUGACUUUGGUGUCGAUUCCCUGCUUGGACUGGAAUUGCAAAGUGAGAUCAAGACUGUCUUUUCCUGCGCGCCAGACGUAGUCGCAAUACUUGAAGCCACUACCAUACGUGAUUUGGUAGCAUGCCUUCCUAUCUCUGGGGAUUUGCCACAGCAGGAGGCUAUUAACGACAAUCAAUCAACGGAACGUUUCUCUGCAGACCUCUCUUCCCUUUCACAGGCCUCAGAUCCGUAUCUAAUUACCCCAUCUGAGUCCAGUACCUCAAGCUCAUUCGUCCCCGUGGACUUGUUAUGGAGGGCGUCGGACAUUUUAGAGUCUUUCUCUGCCGUAAAAGGCCGUGGUGACCGGAUGAUUUUUGAACACGGCCUGGGAAAUUUUGAAAGUGAUGUUGUUCCAGAUACUAAUCAGAUGUGCACUGCACUUGUCGUGGAAUGUUUUGAGGAGCUCGGGUGUCCACUACGGAGCGCAAAACCUGGUGAUGUUUUGAGCCGCAUACCAUUCAAGCCUCAGCACACGAUCUUCGUGAACUACAUUUACCAGUUCCUUGAGAAAACCGCGCGCCUUAUCAGACUUGAUGAAACCGGGCAGCUCACACGUACUGAAACACCCACUCCCACAGUGAGCAGUAAGGACAUGCUGCCUGGGUUGCUUGAGAAAUACCCUGAUCAUGCUGAUUUUACACAAUUGACGUACCAUGCUGGAAUUCAGCUAGCCAAUGCAUUAUCAGGGCUCACAGAUGGUAAUCGAGUGCUGAUGAGUAAUCCCGAAGGGCGCAAGCUCUGUGAAUCUGUGUAUCACAACUACCCGCUUAACAGAAUUGGAUUUGAAACAAUUCGCGACGUGAUCGUCCAAGCGAUUAAGCACAUUCACAUUGAGAAAGCCCCUCUGAAGGUUCUUGAAUUGGGAGCAGGAACUGGAAGCCUAACUAGCAUAUUGUUACCACUUCUUGCUUCGUUGGAUAUCCCCGUUGAGUAUACUUUCACGGAUCUAUCCUCUUCGCUAGUGGCACAGGCACGUCGCACACUUGGAAAGAAAUACUCAUUCAUGAAGUUUGCCGUCCAAGAUAUAGAAAAGCCACCCAGCAAGGAGAUAGCUGCGCAACAGCACAUUAUUGUCGCAAGCAAUGCAGUCCACGCCACGCGAAGCCUGGAGGACUCGACAAGAAACAUUCGACAGGCAUUGCGACCAGAUGGUUUCCUCAUGAUGCUUGAGAUGCGAGAAGCAUGGCCUGCACUUGAUCUUACUUUUGGACUGUAUGAAGGCUGGUGGCUGUUUGAAGAUGGACGUACCCAUGUCUAUACCUCACCCGAGGUCUGGAAGCGCAGCUUGACAGCUGCUGGAUAUGAAGCUGUUGACUGGACCGAAGGGAGGCUCCCGGAGCACAAAUAUUAUAUGGUCAUUAUCGCUCUCGCAUCCGGGGUAUAA